GUGUAUCGCGUUGUAUUUGUUAGUGGUGUUAUGGCGCGGCGAGGUUAGCUCGUCCCGUCGCCGACACCCUCGUCGAUGUCCGCGGCGAUUGAGGACUCGCGUCGCCGACUCGGCACGUAAGCAUGUUCAACUUCCUGAGGACGCGCGCCGCGUCGGGGAUGCAGAGCGCGCGUAUCGUGUCGACGCUGCCGGUCGCCCAGUGCCGGACGCGGCUGUGCUCGUUCUGCAACUUCCAUCAUCCGAGCACGCCCCGCGCUGUGAGAUGUACAGUGAUCCGCUGUUACGCAACAACCGAUACUGUUAAACUGGAAACUCCCAUGCAAAAGAAAGCCAAACGCCGCUCGAAGAAGUACACGGAGCUAUUAGAAGUAACGAACCAGACGACCAACAGUAGAAAAGCAGCAGUGCGCAAGUUGAGUUCUGCCCAGGUGUCCCUCCUGGUGGAUGAGCCCAAUAUCACGCUGGACAAGAUCCCUGAUUUUCGUAAUAAGAAGGAGACGAUUGCGACGCAAACGAAGGACAUCAAUGAAAAGAUCGACGACAAGGUUGACGACACACACGACGUACUUAAGGAAUCCGACGAGCAAUUAGAUGACACGUCCGCAAUCGUGGAGAAUCUGAAAGAGUCCGGCGUAAGCGAUCACACCACGUUGAUUAAGGAUUCUUCCUUCCUGGAUAUGCUGCAGCAGAUCAAGGAGAAUGGCAAUGAAGAUAAAAGUCUGGAUGACAUUGCGCAGAACACACCAAAGUGCCACAUGACUCCGAAUUCGUUUACUAAAAUUCCCUUCACGAGUGAGGUGGAUAAAUUUGAUAAUCAUUCUGGCGAAAUUCUAAUUUCUCAAUUGCUAGUGCAUAUGGAUGUUUUUAUACAAAUCAAAAUGCCGCAUAAAGCCUUCAAGAUGCUCAUGUCGAAGAAAAGUUAUUUGAAGCGCAACGAAGCCUCCGCCGUUUCACUCUAUAAUCUGCUCCUAAAGACCCACGUUUCUAACGCGCACGUGGAAAAGGCAUUCGAGAUCUACAGAAUAAUGAAGGAGGAGUCUGUUCAGCCGAACUUCGACACGUUCGCUCUUAUGUUCGAGAUAAUCGAAAGGAUAAAAAACAAGGAGAAACGUGCAGAGACCGCGACUGAAGUGAUGGAAGACAUGAAACGCAGUGGCAUCUCCUUCAACGAAAUAAUGAACGAAUCGGUCGUGAUGAACACGACGCAACGCAACACUGUUCUUCAAUGUAUAACAUCGUUGGAUUCAAAUUACCGUUUAAAGCACAAAGAGAUCGACACCGCGCACGAUUGCAAUUUACUGAACAAUCUGACGAGGAACCGUAACUAUCAGAACCCGGCGAAGGGAGUGGUGACCAUGGACGAGCUGCGGAAAAUGAUGCGCACGCAGGUCAAGCUGGAGAAACAAUGUAAACUGGACGUACUGAAUAUCGCGCUGUUCACCGGCGACUCCAACGUUAGAGAGCAAGCUGUCAAACGGAUCGCGGAAUGGGAGGAGAUCUGGAAGACGACCGUGGCCGAGGCUUUCGACAGGAACUUGACUUACCUGAAGCAGAAGGAGACGAAAACGAUGAGCGACUUGAAGACUCUGUAUCCGUUUCUGCAAGUGUUGCCCAAGGAGGAGUACGUCAACGCGAUUCUGAACGAGAUCAACCAGCUGACCAAACUCUCCGAGAAUUACAGCUGCACCAUGACGCAUCUCUAUCAAACGCUGGGAGCGUACAUUUACAAGAGGUACGAGUUUCAGCGGCAGACGAGGGACGGCAUUAUAGAGAACUCCGUUCAGAUCUACCGAAAGUACUUGGAGUGGUACAUGCAGACGGAUCCCGCUGACAGGAAUGUCAACGGGCGUGUCAAGUGGCAGCGGCUCGUCCAGGAGGCCAAGCGGUCCGGAAUCUAUUGCGAGACCGCGGUGCCCGAGUGGUCGCGCAACAUCAAGAUAAACAUCGGCAAGUUUCUGUACAACAUCAUCCUGAACGACGUGAAGAUCCCGCACGUGCUCAAGGCCGGCGCGCCCGAGCGGCAGAUACCCGCGUUCUACCUGCUCUUCAGGAUGCACUCCAACAAGUUCCUGAAGGAGGAGAUCAAGCCUCACCCACACUUGCACAGGUUCUACAAGGACUCGCAUUCGGACACGCUGUCCUUCGAGACCACCUUCGUGCCGACGUGCUCGCCACCGCGUCCCUGGGUCGACAUAAACACCGGUGGUUACCUGUUCUCCAAGAUGCCGUUCGCUCGCGAUCCGUACAUGAAACCGUCGCGCCUGUUGAAGAACACGCCGACGAAGCAGCUGUACCCGGCGCUCGACUGCCUGAAUCAACUCGGCUCGAUCCCGUGGCGCAUCAACAUGCCCGUUCUGGAUAUCCUGAUCCAGAUCUUCAGAGAGGGCGGCUCGAAGGAGCUGAACGUACCUCAGCCGUCCACGGUGGUCCCGUCUCCGUCGGACAUGAUCGCGAGCGACGCGGACAGGGAUAACAGAGAGACGGUGAAGCUGCUGCUACAGCUCAAGCGCAAAAGAAACGAGAUGCACUCGCUGUGGUGCGACUGCCUCUACAAGUUGUCCCUCGCCAAUCACUUCAGGGACAAGAUAUUCUGGAUGCCGCACAAUCUGGACUUCCGAGGCAGGGCGUACCCGGUGCCGCCUCAUCUGACCCACCUCAGCUCGGACCUCGGCCGAUCGAUCCUCAUGUUCGCCCAGGGUAAGCCACUGGGUCCCCGUGGUCUGGACUGGCUGAAGAUUCACGCGAUCAACAUGACCGGUCUGAAGAAGAAGGAGCCGUUGCACACACGGCUGGAGUUCGCGAACGAGAUACUGGACCUGAUCGUGGACAGCGCGAGGAACCCGCUGACGGGGGAGAUGUGGUGGGCCAAGGCCGACGAGCCGUGGCAAACUCUGGCGGCGUGCAAGGAGAUCGACAACGCGCUGCGGUCGCCGAACGUGGAGGAGUACGUCUGCCGGCUGCCCAUCCACCAGGACGGCAGCUGCAACGGCCUGCAGCACUACGCCGCGCUCGGUAGGGAUCUGAUAGGCGCGAAGAGCGUGAACCUGUACCCCUCGGACCGGCCGCAGGACGUGUACAGCGUCGUCGCCGACAUGGUCGACGAGUACAGGCGGGCCGACGCGGACGCCGGUAACGAGAUAGCCAGGGCCCUGGAGGGGCACGUCAAGAGGAAGGUCAUAAAGCAGACCGUGAUGACCACGGUGUACGGCGUGACCAAGUUCGGCGCCCGGCUGCAGAUCGCCAGGCAGCUCAGCGAUCUCAAGGACUUCGAUGAGAAGUACGUUUGGUCCGGCAGCGGUUACCUCGUCGACAAGACGUUCACGUCCCUUCAGAACAUGUUCGAGAGCGCGAGGGAGAUACAGAACUGGUUCACGGAUUGCGCCAGCGUCAUCACGAUCAGGUGCAACCAGUACAUCCAGUGGGUGACGCCGAUGGGUCUUCCGGUCAUACAGCCCUACUCCAAGCAUAAUAGUGACUAUCAAAAACAAGAAAUUAAUACUCCAAUGAGAAAGCCCAAGUUCAGGAAGCUGGACACUUUGAAGCAAAGGAAUGCUUUCGCGCCGAAUUUCAUCCACUCGCUGGACUCCUCCCACAUGAUGUUGACGAGUUUGUACUCCGAACAGGCGGGGAUCACGUUUAUGUCGGUGCACGAUUGUUUCUGGACGCACGCCUGCACGGUGGACGUUAUGAACAGAAUCUGCCGGGAGCAAUUUGUCGCACUUCACAACGAGCCCAUUCUCGAGAAUCUAUCCAAAUUCUUUUGUAAGAAAUACAUAAAACACUUCAUGAUCGAUGGACGGGCUGUGAAGCUGAAGAACAAGGGUGCCCCGGUACAGGUCUUCAAGAAGAUCCCGAAGAAGGGUAGCUUCGACAUCAACGCAGUCAUGUCGUCUUCGUACUUCUUUAGUUGAGAGCUCGUAGCUGUAUUUAUCACGAGAAAAGACGUGUACCACUCGCGAAUGCGCACGAAUGGCCUAGUUUACACCGUAAGAUUAAUUGAUACAAGUAUCAGGUUGGUGCUAAGUACUUACGCGUCACUGUUUGCACCGAUUUAUUUCGAAAUAAGUUAUGAUAGGGUUUUAGAUUUUUCAUUUCGCAAAACUUCUGAUUUUAAUCUUAAAGCAACUUUAACCUAAUGCAGCAGUGACGUAUUUAAUCCGAUUGAAAACGAACUAAGUAUUUACAAUGCGUCAGGAUCUUUUGAUACGCGUAUUUUGGUCUGAUAGCGAUUCAGGAGUAUCAGACCAGACCGUACUAAGAUAAUUCGCGAAUGUUUACACCGACCGUAUCAAGUGAUUUGUUAUUUGAUACACGUAUCAAGUGCUCGGUGUAAACUAGGCCAAUGUAAACCACUGUUAAAAGUUUUUAACAAAUAAAUUGGCUUUGGCGUGCGUUACAUGAAAUGUAAAUUGAGAUAUACAAUGCAAUAUAUACAAAUUUGAAAUGCAAAUUGAGAUAUACAAAAUAGCUCCUAAAACGAUAUGUAAAUAGUUUGUUAGGACAAUAGAUUUUUAAAAAUCUGAUACGUUUUGUCUAUAAACUUGUCUCCUCUAUGCUCCAUGUGUUUUAUGACCAAGGAAAUUCAUUAAUCAGUAUUCAUAAUCCUUAUGUUUAAGAUCGUCUUAAGCACAAUUUAAUGAAGCUGUAUUAUUAAUUGGAUGGUUGAGAUUAGAUUUAACACAAUCUUAAGAAACAAAAUUGAACUUGAAGUUUUUCUUCUUUAAUUUUUACAAAAUUGAACUACUAACAUCAAGGAGGAUAAGUUGUAGAUGAUCAUAAGAUCACGAUUCAGAUUGGAUUUAAAACGAUCUUAAAUAUAAGAUCGAAUUGUGAAUACUGUUCUUAAGCAUGAUUUUUAGAUAAUCCUAUUAAUAAAAAUUCUGAGAUUUUAAAUGAUCUUAAAACCACACUUGCAUAAAACUAUUUAAAACGAUUUCACAAUAAAAUGUAAGAUCGGACGAUGAAUAUCGUCCUUAGAUUUGAUCCUAAAAUUUUUCUGUGAGAUCUGACUGUAGCAUCUCAAAAUCUUGAAUGUAAAAUCAGACUAUUACAAAUAUACCGCCCCACAGAUUUCUAUACUGGUAUAGAAAGACACAAGAGUCGAUCGGCUGCGUCUUCAAAUUGUACUUUUAUUAAAGAUGAGGCCUAUUAAAACUUGGAA